AUGAAUAACUACACUUUACUGACAGCUGUACUUCUCCCCAGACUCCUUGAAUCGACUCCCCACGAGAAGAUACUUCACCGGGUAAAUACGAAUGCUGCCGCUGUUAGCGUGAUCAAAGCCAAUGCGCUGGCCGACGAGAAGACGACGGCCCAUGUCGAAGACGAGGUUGCAGAUGAGCUAAACAUUUCGCUAGACUCUCUGCUGAAAGUACUGGCUCGAUAUGACUUCCCUCCGUCUGCCUGCUCGCAUAUACGGGGCCAGGAACAGAUAUUUGGAUCACGAAUCGGUCGUGAUGACAAGAAGAAGAAAGUAACCGCAUUUGAUUUUUGGUAUGCGAUACGAGCAAGAGCCUACAUUCGAGCUGUCGACAAAGAGGCAGACUUGAAGAUGACGAUAGUGACACACUACGACGUCAAGUCGCAGUCGAGUGUCAUACUGCUGAAACACCGCUCGUUCAAUGAUCUCCCCAAAGCGCUAAAGGAUGAGCUGGACGACAAGUUGGUGGAUUUUAUACUUAAUCCCAGCACGGCUGCUCUCGCAGGAAAUCCAUUUGCUCUCCAUCUACUUCAUUUCAAUAGCACCAUCCAGUACUACCGACGAGCGGCGCGGGAUCCCCGAGACUCGGUUAGGAAAGAAGAGGUCAAGGCCCACGGGGGAAGCUCUGAUCUCGGAGAAAUAAAUAUACAGCGACUACACCUCACGCUUACCAGUCUCGACCAGGAUAAACUACAAUUAAAUUUCAUCCUGGGAGUUCUCUCUCGUUUGCGGAAACAGCACGACCAGUUUUACAGGAUGGUUAAGGGUACUCCUGACCCGGACAACCGUGACUGGCUCUAUACCCGUGUAGAGGAGGAGUAUGAUCGAUUUGAGAACCAGAUUACAUAUUUCAAGACAUCCAUAGAGGAUGUAGCAACGCGGGCUCAGAGGCUCUUGGAUCUGGGAUUUCUAGGGACCAACCUUGUCGGUGGCCCCAGCCAGUCCGAUGGUCCCUCAGGAAAAAGCGGCAACUCUACGACGAUUACGAUGUCAUCUCAGUGGUGGAUAUACCCAGCUGUAACUAUUCCACUGACCUUACUCACGUUUCUAUUUUGGUAUUUAUGGAAAGUGUAUGCUGAACGGAUGGUCAAUAAGCGCAUCUUAAAGGAUAAACGCAUGCAAAGCGAAGUUUGA